AUGGAGGAAGUUAAGCUUUUGGGUUUCUGGGCCAGCCCAUUCAGCAGGAGAGUAGAAAUGGGCCUCCAAAUGAAAGGGGUAGACUAUGAAUUCAUAGAAGAAGAUUUACAGAACAAGUCCCCUUUACUUCUCCAGUCCAACCCAAUUCACAAAAAAAUACCAGUUUUGCUUCACAAUGGCAAGCCUAUUGCAGAGUCCUUGAUCAUUCUUGAGUACAUUGACGAGGCCUUCCCAGGCCCAUCACUAUGGCCCAAGGAUCCUUACGACAGAGCCCAAGCCCGGUUCUGGGCCAAGUUCAUCGAUGAAAAGUGCAAUCCAACCUUGUGGAAAGCCUGCUGGAGCACGGGCGAGGAGCAAGAGAAGACCAAACAAGAAUCAGAACAACUGCUGAAAAUUCUUGAAAAUGAGAUUAAGGACAAGGAUUUCUUCGGAGGGGAAACCGUUGGGGCCGUUGACAUAACGGCCAAUUUCUUGGCCCACUGGUUUGGGAUCGCUUCCCAGUUAGUGGGCCUCGAAAUCAUCACCGAGGAAAAGUACCCAAAUUUGUGCAAUUGGGCCGGCCGGUUUCGUGAGUGCGGUUUUGUGAAGGAUAAUCUGCCUCCAAAGGAGAAACUGGCUAUGGGCCUUAAGUUUGUACUGCAAGCUGCGGCCAGGUCCAAUGGCACAUCAAGCGUCUGA